AGAAUAAAGCAGAUUUAUGCAAUAAGUCUAGUAUAUUUAUAGAAACAGAACCAACUAAUCUUGAAACUUUUUCUUUAGAUAGUAUAAAUGAUUCAAGUUUAUUAAAAAUAAAUGAGCCUCCAAAGAAUGUUAAAGUAAAUAAACUAGCAAAAGAUGUUGAAAAUGAACCUGUGAAGGAUAUUAAAAAUGAACCUGCAAAAGAUGUUGAAAAUGAAUCUUCAGAUGAAGAAUCAGAUAAUAAAUCUUUGGACAUGUUAGAAGAUAAAAAGCAGUACUUUGAAAAUGAGGAUAUUUAUGAUAAGUAUAUGGAUAAAGAGGAACAUUUCAUCAAUGAUAAUAUACAUCUCACAGUUGAUACUAAUACGAA